AUGUGGGGGACCCAGAGGACGCGGUAUGCAGACUGCAACGGCUCCGAAGCCAGCGAAGAGGCAGAGAUUGUUGUUAACAUCGGCGGCGUGAAACAGGUGCUGUAUGGUGACGUGUUGAAUCGCUACCCGGACACCCGGCUGGCAGAACUGGUGGACUGCUCCACCAAGUCUUCGGAAGAUAUAUCUUCGCUGUGCGACGACUACGACCCCGACACUGGGGAAUUCUAUUUUGACAGAGACCCCGAAGCCUUUAAGUGCAUCAUUGAGCUGUAUUAUUAUGGAGAGAUACACAUGAGGAGAGGCAUCUGCCCGAUUUGUUUUAUGAAAGAGAUGGAGUUCUGGAAAAUCGGCUCGGAUUUUCUGGAUGAAUGCUGUCGAAGCCACCUGAGGGAGGUGGAGGAUGAACUUGCAGAGAUUGCAGAGAAAGUGAAAACUAUCCUGGUGGACCGAGAAGGAGAUCCGACCGCAGGGGGCUGGCAGCGCUUCCAGAUAUGCCUCUGGAGGCUGAUGGAGAAACCGGAAUCCUCGCUGCCUGCGCACAUAAUCGCCAUAGUUUCUUUCAUCUUCAUCCUCGUCUCCUCCGUGGUCAUGUGCGUCGGGACCAUCCCCGACCUGCAGGUGGAGGACUCCGAGGGUAAUCUGACGGAGCACCCGACUCUGGAGGUCAUCGAGACGGUGUGCAUCGGCUGGUUCACCAUGGAAUACCUCCUACGGCUGAUCUCCUCCCCUAACAAACUAAAAUUCGUCCUGUCCUUCAUGAACAUCAUCGACUUCAUGGCAAUCAUGCCCUUCUUCGUGGUGCUGAUUUUGACCUCCUUCGGCGCCGGAGUGAUGGAGCUGGCUAACGUGCAGCAGGCGGUGCAGGCGUUACGCAUAAUGCGCAUAGCGCGCAUUUUCAAGCUGGCACGCCAUUCCUCCGGGCUCCAGACCCUCACGUCCGCCCUGAAGAGCAGCUUCAAAGAGCUCGGCCUGCUUCUCAUGUAUAUGGGCGUGGGGGUCUUCCUUUUCUCCGCACUGGGCUACACCAUGGAGCAGAACCACCCGGACACCUUGUUCACCAGCAUCCCGCAGUCGUUCUGGUGGGCUGUGAUCACCAUGACCACAGUGGGGUACGGAGACGUCUACCCCAAGACCACUCUAGGUCGGUGCAACGCGGCCAUCAGCUUUCUGUGUGGGGUGAUCGCCAUAGCGCUGCCCAUACACCCCAUCAUCAACAAUUUUGUCAUGUUCUACAACAAGCAACAGGUGCUGGAGACUGCGGCCAAGCACGAGAUUGAACUGAUGGCGCUGCGCUCCAGCGCCGGAGGGGUGAAGGCUGCACUCGGCGCCCAUAAACACGUCUGCGGCGCGGGGGGCUGGGACAACGCCAUGCGCUCCUGUCACAGUGACACAUACAUCCCUUUACUGAAGGAUUCCAGGGGAGGGGCAGGCAUACCGACGCCCAGCAAGGACACGAGCUUUGAAAGCACACCCGAGACCACCGAUUAUAUUUUGUCCCAUGAACACUAAAGGCCCUGCGGAAUUUGAAAAGACUCUCCAAAAAAAGAUCAACAACAACAAAACAUCAAAAUGAUUAUUCAUUGUAGACUUAUUCAAACUUAAUCUCUAAUUCUGGGUUAUUGAUACCGCGAUGACUUCAGAUUGUAAAUAGCCUCGUAGAAACCGCAUUAGUGGCCUCAAAGGACCCGUACUAUAUUUUGAAAAAUUGCGCCUAUUGAAGGGACAUAUGUGUGAGAUAUUGACCUGAUGAGCUGUGCCUUUGCGCAGCGAGUCCCUGUAGGCUGAGGGGGUACUGUCUGUACAGCCAAUACACUGAUUCUCCCAUGUAGGCUCCUUAUAUAACACCCCCCCAUCCCCAAUCCUCACACUCACACUGUAGACUGCAUU